AUGUUCCGGGAGGCAGGCCGCGAGACCCAUCGGAUUGUCGGCCGCCUAGCCGACUAUGGUAUCCGGUGGCACUUUAACCCACCGGCUGCCCCGCACUUUGGCGGACUGUGGGAAGCGGCCGUAAAAUCCGUGAAACACCAUCUGCAGCGUGUCAUAGGCGAAACGAAGCUCACCUACGAGGAGAUGGCUACCUUCCUCGCCGAGGUCGAGGCAUGCCUCAACUCGCGCCCGCUUCAGGCCUUGACGGACGACCCCGAGGACCUUAGCGCGCUUACUCCCGGGCACUUCCUGAUCGGUGAGCCGCUCAACGCCAUACCGGAACCGGCGCUCAUCGACGUGCCACCGAACCGGCUGAGCAAUUGGCGGCUGCUGCAGCAGAUGCGGGAUCACCUGUGGCAACGGUGGUCCCGCGAGCAUUUGCAGGCUCUCACGCCACGGCCGAAAUGGUGGACCACAAGCGGCGGCCUGAAGGAGGGACAACUGUGCCUCCUGAAGAGUGAACUGACACCACCAUGCCGCUGGUCCCUUGCCCGCAUCGUAAGGCUGUACGCUGGGGAGGACAACCAGGUGCGAGUGGUAGACGUCCGGACUGCUACCGGCCGGCUAACCCGACCGGUGGUCAAAAUCGUGCCUCUGCCGCCUGCCGACGCCGCGCCUCAGGGGCCGUAA